GACCUAAAUCUGAGUUUACCGCCACAGGGAAGGCGGAGCUUAGCGGGCAGCCCGAACCAGAGCCGCGACAGUCUGAUGGUCAGACGGCUUCUGCCAGUGAAGGACCGCCUGCAGACGACGUCGUCAAAGUUCUGGUUGACUUUGAAGUCAAAGAGGUGUUGCUGUCCCUCAAGAAGCGGCUUGACCAGCAGGAGGCGCCGUUCCUGGUGUUCCAACUCGACCAGCUGGGAAUCCACACCAAGGUCCGCAUGUUCGACCUGUGCGCCACCACCUACAUUAGACAGGUUUCCAUGAAGAGCCUAGAGUUCAAAGACGCCGGCGGCGACCCGCUGUGUCUCAUCAGCUCCUCGGCUGAGUCCGGGGCCGAGCUGCUCAAGGUUGAGUUCUGCAAGGCAGACCGCACCGGACCAGAGUUCUGCUCCGUCUACAAGAACACGGAGCAAAUGAUCCGGGUGAUGUUCUCGUCUCUGGACGUCCUGCUCCACACCCAGGCUCUCCUGUCCGCUGCCAACUUCCUGUCCAUGUCUCUGUCGUCGUCCAGCAGCGUGCCACCUGCAGAGAAGGACGUCCGGCAGAAGACGGAAGACAAGAUGGCGACUUCCAGGUCCGGUGUCCCGGUCUCGCAUGCAGACCCAGAGGUGGUGGACCUGAAGGCGACGAUGACGCUGGGAGCCUUCAACAUCCUGGUGUGUGACCAGACCUCCAACAUGGCUGACAUCAGAGUCACAGGGUUGGACACCUCGCUGCUGAGGCGAGGCGAUCAGACACAGAUAUCGGCCCGGCUGCGGGACGUCGUCGUCCUGGACGUAGAUCCCAGGUCCGUCCACAAGGAGGCCGUCUCCAUCGUGGGAGACGAGGUGUUCAGCUUCAGCAUGAGUCUGACUCCCAACGCCACCGAGGGCGCCGGCUACGCCGACACCUCUAAGACGGACGGCCAGGUGAAGCUGAGGGUGGGGUGUAUCCGGGUGGUCUACCUGCACAGGUUCAUCAUGUCUCUGCUGAACUUCAGCAACAACUUCCAGGCAGCAAAAGAGGCGCUGAGCUCGGCGACGACGCAGGCUGCAGAGAAAGCUGCGUCCAGCGUCUUGGCCCAGAGGACGUUCCGUCUGUCCUUGGACGUCUGGGUGAAGGCUCCCCUCAUCAUCAUCCCCCAGUCCUCCACUUCCCAUAAUGCACUUGUGAUGGACCUGGGUCUCAUUACGGUGGGGAACAGUUUCUCUGUGCUGCCGGCGGGAGAGCGCCCCCUGCCUGCUGUAGUCGACAACAUGGCUGUGCAGCUGUCUGAGCUGCACCUGUCCAGAACCUGGUUGGACUCCGGGUCCGAGAAGCCGAGCGUCGAGCUGCUGAGGCCGGUGAACCUGCAGCUCAGCAUCAGGAGGAACCUGGCGGCGUCCUGGUACCACAAGAUGGCCGCCGUGGAGCUGGAUGGAGACCUGAGGCCCACGGAGCUGGAGCUCAGCCAGGACGACCUCAGGGUCACACUGCAGAUCCUGACGGAGAACCUGGCAGAAGCCGGCGGUCUGAAUGGCGGCGCCGCCCCAAAAGAGGUCCACCUGCAGGUUCCAGCGGUCGCGGCGCCCCCUGCAGGUGAGCCUGGGAAGCCAGCUGGGAGAGGAGAGCGAGAUGAGGAUGAAGCCGUGGAGACGCUGAAGUUUUCCUUCAACGUCCAGUCUCUGGGUCUGGUUCUGUACCACGACGACCCGAAACAGCAGCCCGCGGGCCUUGGCCACCAGCAGAACCUCAGACUGGGCCAGCUGGUUCUGCGUCUGAUGAAGGCUUCAGGACGGGUCCAGUCCAACGGCAGCAUGGAGGUCAACACGGUUCUGACGGCGUGCACUCUGGACGACCUGCGGGCCGGACUGAACCGGGUCACGUCACGGAUGGUGGGACAGAGGGACGAGGGCGUCUCCCAGGCCAUGGUGGACGUGACGCUCCGCCAGGGUCCAGUAGAACGAGACCUGGUGGCCGUCCUGCAGAAGCUCUACCUGUGUGCCAGCGUGGAGUUCCUCAUGGCAGUCGCAGAUUUCUUCCUGCAGGCUCUGCCUCCGAGUCUGGCUGCAGCCGUUCCUGCUGCCCCGAGCAACAAGCUGCCACUGAAGCAGAUCGCAGAACCACGGGGCGAAACCAAACCCGCCACGGCGCUGACGACCCGGCUGCGGGCGGUCGUCGUGGACCCGGAGGUGGUGUUUGUGGCCGACCUGAUGAAGGCGGACGCGCCGGCGCUCGUCGCCUCGUUUCAGGGCGACUUCAGCCUGCUGGUGGAGGCGGACGGAUCGCAGAGCGUAAGGGCCAACCUGAGGGAGCUGAAGGUUCUGGCCGGCCCGUUCAUUCAGAGCAAGGAGAACAGAGCCGUGACCACUGUGCUGCAGCCCUGCUCUGUCACACUGGAAACCAGAACCAGUCGGACCCGGCCAGCCAGCGGCUCGGUGACGGUGGAGGAUGUCAUCGUUAAGAUCUCUCCGGUCAUCCUCAACACGGUGAUGACGAUAACGGCCGGGAUGACGGCGAAGCCGCCGGCCGAGCCGGGUCGGGCGUCUCCGGUGGAGGUCGGCGACCUGUGGUCCGUCAUGAACAUCUACAACUGCAACUUCUGGUACCUGGGGGUGGACCAGGCCACCGAGAUCACAGAGAGCUACCGGGAGUCUGACGGCAGCACCGAGGGGGAAACCUUCACCGCGCAGGUCAAGGUGGUCCAGGUGACGCUGGAGUCGGGUUUGGGCCAUCGGACGGUCCCGCUGCUGCUGGCUGAGACGUCCCUUAACGGAGUGGCCAAGAACUGGUCGUCUCUGCUGCAGCUGCAGGCCGACUUGGUGCUGGAGGUGAACUAUUUUAACGAGGUCCACGCCGUGUGGGAACCGCUAAUAGAGCGAGUGGACAGCGGCCGGCGCCGCUGGAACCUGGAGCUGGAGAUUAAGAAUAAUCCAGUCAUGGACAAGAGUCCUGUGCAUGGAGAUGACUUUGUGUUUCUUCCUGAACCUCAAACUGCCAUCAGCAUCUGCUCCAAAGACACCCUGAACAUCACCAUCUCCAAGUCCAGCCUCAGCGUCUUCCAAAAGCUUGCAGAGGCAUUCAGUGAGGGAGCAGCCUCAGCCUUCGACUACACUCUGAAGGAGAAACCUCCCUUCACCCUGAGAAAUGCUCUAGGCAUCCCAAUUAUCGUGCAGCACAGCGCCAACCUGAGGCCGGUCGGAUCUGUGGCACAAGGAAAACUUCACGAGCUGCCAGUGGAUCAGAGCAUGGACCUGAUGCACUCUGCUUUUGAUUCCACAAUCAGAGGGAAACUGUCAGCUCUGCAGCGUCAGGAGAGCGGCCUGUUUAACCUCACCAUCGUGCCUUCUGGGUACAGCGAGAUCUCCAACAUCGCAGUGGAUAAUCCUGGCAGACGUCUCUACAACGUGCGAGGUCCAAUGCUGCAGGAGGCGGUGUCGGUGCUGCUGCAGAUUGAUGCUGCUGAAGGCAACAAGAUCAUCACUGUACGCUCCCCCCUGCAGAUUAUAAACCACUUCACAGAACCCUUCACCAUCCUGAAAUACUGCCCAGCAUCCAGAACCCUGCAGAGCAUUGGCACAGCGGAGCCGGAACGGGAGUUUCAUGUUGAUCUAGAAGCAUACAGGUGCCAGCUAUUUGUCCGUCCAGCGGGUCAGCUGGACGGGCUGUACGGUCCGUCUUCCAGCUGCGUGGCCUGGAAGGAGCAGGUCCACUGCAGCUCUGAGGUCCAGUCCGUGCUGCAGUGUCCUGCGUCGGACAGCAACCUGCUGCCGCUCAUGGUCAGCACGCUGGCCGUUCCUGACGACCUGCGGCACAUCAGCAGCCGCGGUGAGGAGGACUGGGACCCCGCCUACAUCCUCCACCUGCAUCCAAUGGCAGCGCUGUGCAACCUGCUGCCGUACACCGUCAGCUACAUCAUGGAGAACUCGGCUGAAGUCUAUGAGAUUCAGGAGGGCAGCACCUCAGACCUGCUGAACGCCCGCGUGUCGGGUGAGAUCAUGUCUGUGGCGCUGAUCCAGUACCAGGGCCGGGGCUGGCACGGACACAUCCAGAUUAAACAGGAACUGCCGGAGUUUUUCGCCGUGUGCCUGACCUGCGACACGGAUGCGGCGCUGACGGUGGACGUGAGCGUUCACGUGAUGAAGACGGCGAGCCGCGUCCUGCUGUCGCUCUUCAGUCCGUACUGGAUCAUCAACAAGACGAGCCGGGUGCUUCAGUACAGCUCAGAGGACGCCGUCUUCAAGCAUCCGGCCGAGUACCGAGAUGUCGUCCUCUUCUCCUUCAAGAAAUCAAAUCUGUUCACCAAAAGCAAGCUGCAGCUCUGCAUCUCCACCAGCUCCUUUUCUGACGGCUUCUCCCUGGACACAGUGGGGAGCUACGGUUGCGUCCGCUGUCCCUCCACCAACAUGGACUUUCUGGUGGGUGUCAGCAUCCAGAUGAGCAGCUUCAACCUGACCAGAAUCGUCACCUUCAGUCCGUUCUACACGCUGGUCAACAAGUCUUCAUACGAACUGGAGGUGGGAGAACUCCUCAGCCAGACGGCCACCAGGUGGCACUACGUUCCGUCCACCGAGUGCCUCCCUCUGUGGCCGGAGAACGGCUCCAACAAGCUUUGUGUCCGAGUGGUGGGAUCACUGUCCCACUCCAAGUUCUUCUUCUUCAGCCAGCAAGACAACGGCACCCUGCUGAGCAUGGACAUGUGUGGAGGGAUCAUGGUGGACAUCAACGUCUCCAAUCACGCCACCAUCAUCAGCUUCAGUGAAUAUUAUGACGGAGCCGCCCCCGCCCUGCUGAUUAACCACACGCCCUGGGCCACCAUCAGCUACAGGCAGAGUGGUUCAGAGGUGACCCACAAGCUGGAACCCUGCGAGGCCCGACGCUUUGCUUGGGACGACCCUGCAGGAACCCGCAAGCUCUGCUGGAGCUGCAAGGAGCAUUCAGGGGAGCUGGACCUGCUGCAGGAUGAUGUGAGUCAGUUUACCUAUGAUGGCCAGGCUCAGAUCCACUGGGUGUCCUUCCUGGAUGGACGGCAGCGGGUGCUGCUGUUCACCGAGGACACUGGCGUGGUCACCAGGGCUCGGCAAUCGGAGGAGCUCGAACAAUUUCAGCAGGAACUGAAAGUGUCUCUGCAGAACCUCGGCCUGUCGCUCAUCAACAACGGCAACCGGCAGGAGAUCGCGUACAUCGGCAUCACCAGCUCCGGUGUGGUUUGGGAGUUUAAGCCAAAGAAUCGCUGGAAGUCCUUCAGUCAGAAGAACAUCAACCAGCUGGAGAAGGUUUACCAGAGUCAGCUGAGUGGGAAGACGGAGGGAGGCUGGGUCAGACUGGACAGCAACCUGGAGGUGAACCUCCGUCCAGCUAUCAUGAUGAUGCGGCAACCCCAUUCGUGCCCUGUGAGGAGGAACUUCCUGUCUGGGAUCCAGGUGGAGUUCAAGAGGUCACUGCACCAGCGCAGCCUGAGAGCCCAACUGCACUGGCUGCAGGUGGACAACCAGUUGCCCGGUGCGGUUUUCCCCAUCAUCUUCCAUCCAGUCCCUCCACCAAAGUCCAUCGCUCUGGACUCAGAGCCGAAACCCUUCAUCGAUGUGUCUGUCAUCACAAGGUUCAACCAGCACAGCAACGUCACCCAGAUUAAGUACUUCAUGGCUCUAGUUCAGGAGAUGGCGUUGAAGAUCGACCAAGGUUUCCUUGAUGCUGUUGCAGCUCUGUUCAGCCCAGCUGCUAACCUGCAGAAUGAUGGGAAGAAGUCGGGACUCAUCGAAGGAGAUCUGAAGCGCCUUCAGGCCGAGCCGACUGACGCCUCUCUGUCCGACGUGUCGGGACUCAGCUUCUUCGAGCAUUUUCACAUCUCACCUGUCAAGCUCCACCUCAGUCUGUCUCUGGGCUCCAGCGAUGGUGACUCUGUCCAGGAGAACCCCAUUACUCAGUCCCUGAACCUGGUGCUGAAGAGCAUCGGUGCUACUCUGACCAACGUUGACGAUAUCAUCUUCAAACUGGCCUUCUUUGAAGUGAGGUACCAGUUCUACAGCAAAGAGAAUCUGAUGUGGGCCGUGGGCCGACACUACUCUGAAGAGUUCCUUAAGCAGAUGUAUGUUCUGGUUCUCGGCCUGGAUGUGCUGGGUAAUCCGUUCGGAGUGAUCCGAGGCCUCUCCCAAGGCGUGGAAGCCUUCUUUUAUGAACCAUUCCAGGGAGCCGUUCAGGGUCCAGAGGAGUUUGCUGAAGGUUUGGCGAUCGGGGUCCGCAGCCUUUUUGGUUCAACUGUUGGUGGCGCUGCAGGAAUGUUCUCCAAGAUCACAGGUUCCAUGGGUAAAGGCCUGGCUGCCAUGACCAUGGACAAGGAGUUCCAGCAGGAACGCCGGGAGGACAUAAACCGGCCAACGAAGGACUUCAAAGACAGUCUGGCCAAAGGAGGAAAAGGACUGCUGAAGGGCGUUGUUGGUGGGGUUACUGGCAUUGUCACCAAACCAGUGGAAGGAGCCAAGAAGGAGGGCGCGGCCGGUUUCUUUAAGGGCAUCGGGAAGGGCCUGGUGGGCGUGGUGGCGCGGCCCACCGGCGGCAUCGUGGACAUGGCCAGCAGCACCUUGCAGGGCAUCCAGAGAGGCCCCACCAGAGCGGCCGAGGCGACAGAGGAGGUGACCAAACUCCGGCCGGCCCGUCUGAUCCGGGAGGACGGGAUCAUCCGACCUUAUGACCUGAUGGAGUCGCAGGGUUUCGACCUCUACCAGAGGAUCAAACAUCUGGACGGUGAAGUGUUCAGAAGCUGCAGUCCGACCCCGGGCCACAGGAAGUCCAACAUCAUCGUCACCAACAGGCGCGUCUUCUGUGUGAAGGAGAUCGAUUUGCUGGGUCACCUCACUACUGACUGGGAAUGCUGGUUUGAGAACUUCCACCGUCCUCCGGCGGUUUCUGGAUCAGAGCUCAAGAUUUACUGCAAGGAGAUCCAUAAACUGAUGCUUCCUAAAAACCAGGAGCCCGUCAGAACGAUCCGGUUCAAAGACCCAAAUUCUGCCCAGAAGCUGCAUGAAGCCAUCUGGGACGCUCAGGACGCCCAGAAGCAGCACCACAUGGUCAGGCAAAAGUCCCAGCGCUUCCUGAGACUCGGCAAGAAGCAGUGAUGUCACUUCCUGUCUGUGGCUCUCCUACGGAGCAUGGUUACUGACAUUAUUGUAAACUGAGCAGUUUUUUUCAGAAUAAAAGCAGAAAAAGUUGGGUGAAGUUUUCUGUUGCUGAACAUUUUAAUUGUUCCUUACAUUCUUAGUUAAAGUUUAUUGAACAAUUAUGUUGAAGUAAAUGAUAAUGUAAAUGUUUUCAGUGAUUUGGGUGGGAUAUAUUUUAUUUGUAGUUUGUGGGUUACUUUUCCCUGCUUUGUGCCUGCAGGUUUCAGUUCUUUAUGCCUUAAAAUGAAUCCAUCAAAGCGCUUUGCACCAAGAUAUUUGCAUCACCACUGCAAUAACUGAUGCUUACUUUCUCAUUUUUAUUGAAAUAAACAUAAAUGUAGAAAACUUUUCCACAAAUUUUUAAAACAAGGAUUGAAUAAACUUGAAAAUGAUUUG